AAUGAUAAUGGGUGGAACAAACAAACAAAACAGAGAACAAAUAAGAAAAGAAAAUGGGACUAGUUGGAGACUAAAAUGCACUUCCCCACCUCCAAAGGCCAACAACAACAACACAAACGCUACCAUGACCCUUCUCUUCUCACUUCCCUCUUCCUUCACUUGAAAAAUCACACACACCCUUUCUUUCCAUAACACCACGCACGCGCCACCAUUUAAAACUCCACGCGCCAUUUUCACCGAGAAAAUGGGUUGCACGGCGUCGAAGCUGGAAAACGAGGACACCGUGCGGCGGUGCAAGGAGCGCCGCCGCCUCAUGAAGGAGGCGGUCUACGCUCGCCACCACCUUGCGGCGGCUCACUCCGACUACUGCCGCUCCCUCCGCCUCACUGGCUCCGCCCUCUCCACCUUCGCCGCCGGGGAACCCCUCUCCCUCUCCGACAACACCCCCGCCGUAUUCCUCCACUCCAAACCCGCCACCACCACCACCACCCCUUCCCCUCCUCCUCCACCACCAACACGACCAUUCAACCCUUCACCUUCCCCCACCAUAACCAGCUCGAAACUCCCCCCAAUCCUCUCCUCCUCCAGCAACCACCACCAUCGCCGCCGCAAACCACCGCCACCGAAACUCCCUCACAUUCUCUCGGAUUCAAGCCCUUCUUCAACCCCACGAAGCCAUUCAUCGAACUUCCCUUCAAACUUCUUCCCCACCGCACACUCCACCUACUCCUCCACCCCUUCCCAAACCUCUUCCGUUUGGAACUGGGAAAACUUCUAUCCUCCUCCCCCUCCUCCAGCUUCCGAUUACUUCCCCGAACCUGAACCCGAACCCGAACCUCAAACACCCUCUCAAUUCUCUUACAAAACCCGAAAAUCCCAUAAGACCAAUAAUACACACGAAUCCGAUGGGUUUGAGUCUGAGAGAUCUGAAUACGAUUACUUCAACGGAAAACUUUCAACCUUUCAGAACCAAACCCAUCAUCUUCCUGAGGAGUACACUGAGACUGAGAGAGAAGAGGUUCAGUGUAGUGAAUGGGGUGACCAUUAUAGCAGCACCGCUUCAUCUGAUGAUGAUGAUGAUGAUCACGAUCAUGAUGAUGAUGGGGUGGAAGGUGAUGUUGAGUCAAGGUCCGAGAUCGGAACCCGUACCAAUUUUGGGUCAUCGGUUCGGGCUGAGUCUGUGGCUGGCGACCCGGUUAAGGGCUUCUCUGUAGGGAAAUCGGAGGAUGCUGCGUCUUCGGAAGUUAUGGAGAUGAAGAUGGUUGUGAGGCACAAGGACUUGAAGGAGAUCGUUGAAGCCAUUAGGGAUAAUUUUGAUAAAGCUGCUAUGGCUGGAGAUGAGGUUUCUGAUAUGCUUGAGAUCAGUAAGGCUCAGCUUGAUCGCAGUUUCAGACAAUUAAGGAAAACUGUGUAUCACUCAAGUAGCAUAUUGAGUAACUUGAGCUCGAGUUGGACCUCGAAACCGCCAUUAGCGGUUAAGUACCGGCUCGACACUGGUUCGCUGAAUGAACCGGGCGGUCCAAAGAGUCUUUGUUCCACUUUGGAACGGCUUUUGGCUUGGGAGAAGAAGCUCUACGAGGAAGUUAAGAAUAGAGAAGGUGUAAAGAUUGAACACGAAAAGAAAUUGUCAGCUCUGCAGACUCAGGAAUACAAAGAAGAGGAUGAAGCCAAGAUAUUCAAAACCAAGGCUUCCAUAAACAGGCUGCAGUCACUAAUAGUUGUUACAUCUCAGGCUGUGUCUACCACCUCCACUGCCAUCAUCGGUCUUAGGGACUCUGAUCUUGUUCCUCAGCUUGCUGACCUAUGCCAUGGAUUCAUGUACAUGUGGAGAUCAAUGCACCAGUACCAUGAAAUUCAAAGCAACAUAGUGCAGCAAGUUCGUGGACUUGUGAACAGAUCAUCAAGAGGUGACUUGACUUCUGAACUGCACAGGCAGGCAACUCGGGACCUUGAAUCGGCUGUGUCGGCUUGGCACUCCAGUUUUUGUCGCCUUAUAAAAUUUCAGAGAGACUUUAUCCUGUCCUUGCAUGGCUGGUUCAAGCUCAGCCUUCUUUCAGUCAACAAUGAUAACAUCAACAACAACAGCAGGGAACCCUCUGAUGCAUACAUGUUUUUUGAUGAAUGGAAACUUGCUCUUGAGCGUGUCCCAGACACGGUUGCAUCCGAAGCCAUCAAGAGCUUUAUCAAUGUUGUCCAUGUGAUAUCUUCCAAGCAAGCUGAAGAGCUCAAGAUCAAAAAACGAACGGAGACAGCUUCAAAGGAACUCGAAAAGAAGGCUUCAUCUCUUAGAAACAUAGAAAGGAAGUUCUACAACUCAUAUUCUAUGGUAGGUAUUAGCCUUCCUGAUUCUGCACCUGAUAAUGGACAAGGUUUGGAUGCAAGAGACCCACUUGCUGAGAAAAAAAUGGAACUAGCAACAUGCCAAAGGCGCGUUGAAGAUGAAAUGCUGAGGCAUUCAAAAGCUGUAGAGGUAACAAGAGCUAUGACACUCAACAAUUUGCAAACAGGCUUGCCUGGAGUGUUUCAGGCUUUGACCAGUUUUUCUUCAUUGUUCACUGAGGCUCUUGAAUCAGUGUGCACCCGUUCUUAUGCCAUCAAGUAGGUAAGGUAAUUUAUUUGUUCUGCAUGGGAUCUAAGUUCUUCAUAAGGGCUGGGAAUUUUUGGCGGCAAGCUCUUAUUGCUCUUACUAUUUUGAGUUAUAUUUUGAAAUGUAAAUAUGAAGAAUUUUGUGGUUCCACCUAUUUUGAUGGAAAAAAAAGGGAAUUUUCUUAUUGUACAGGGAAAUUUCUUGGUUUAUUGUAUCAGAGGAUUGCAAUUUUAAUAUAUCAAUAAAUUAUACGCAUUGUGCUUUCAGCUU